AUGAAAGCUUGUUCCCCUAUCACAAUAACGGAAUUGGAAAAUUUUCUUGGCCUUUCGAUUCUAAUGGGCCAUGUUCAGAAACGCGAUCGUCAAAGUUAUUGGUCCACAGACCUUUUGUUGCACACUCCAAUUUUUGGUCAAAUUAUGUCUCGCGAUAGAUAUAUUCACAUCAUGCGAAAUUUACAUUUUCAUGACAAUAAAGAAAUCGUAAGUCAUCCUUUAGUGAUAAUAAAGCCAGUAAUAGAACACGUACAAAGUAAAUUUUCGGCAGCUCUUACUCCAGGGAAAAAUGUGUGCAUAGAUGAAAGUCUAUUAUUAUGGAAAGGUAGGCUUCGAUUCAAGCAGUAUAUUCCAUUGAAGAGAAAUCGCUUCGACAUCAAUCUCUUUAUGAUUGUAGACUGCUGGACAGGAUUCGUAUUGGGUUUUGUUGUUUACACUGGUGCAGACUCUGAUUAUCAGAAGUUUGCUUUGAGUGUUACUGGCGUUAUUGUAGCUCACUUUUUACAACCUUAUUUUCAUAAGGGCCAUGUUGUAUAUAUAGACAAUUGGUACACAUCUUCUAUUUUGGCAGAAUUUUUACAUGAUCGUGACACAGGUAUGUGUGGCACGGUGAAAGCAAAUAGAAAAGGAAUGCUGAAGCUUGAAAGAAAAUUAGUCCGAGGUGAAGUACAAGUUUCUCACAAUGAUGUGUGGAUGGCAGUGAGGUGGGAAGAUAAACGUAGCGUUCGCAUGCUUACAACCGUGCACGAACAUGAGUUCUGUCGUACUGGAAAAAAAAUUAUCUGA